UGCGAGUGCUCGGGAACGAGCUCGAGGAGGCGCGGCGGGCACUCGGUGCAGCGCCCAGAUUCUAAUCUCAGAAUCCAGUAAUAACCAUAUGACUGUAUGCACUGCAGGUGGAAAUGAGUUCUCAACAAUUUCCUCGGUUAGGAACUCCUUCCACUGGGCUAAGCCAGGCUCCUUCACAGAUUGCAAACAGUGGCUCUGCAGGAUUGAUUAACCCAGCAGCUACAGUCAGUGAUGAAUCUAGUCGAGAUGCUGAAGUCGCUGCCAGGGAGCACAUGGGUUCCAGCAGCUCCCUCCAGUCCCGUGAAGAGAAGCAGGAGCCAGUUGUGGUAAGGCCCUAUCCACAGGUGCAGAUGCUGUCUACACACCAUGCUGUCGCCUCGGGCCCACCUGUCACCGUGACAGCCCCACCAGCACAUCUGACACCGGCAGUGCCACUCUCGUUUUCAGAGGGACUUAUGAAGCCGCCCUCGAAGCCCACCAUGCCUAGCCGUCCCAUUGCUCCUGCUCCACCUUCUACCUUGUCACUUCCCCCCAAGGUUCCAGGGCAGGUUACCGUUACCAUGGAGAGUAGCAUCCCUCAAGCUUCAGCCAUUCCUGUGGCAACAAUCAGCGGACAACAGGGCCAUCCCAGUAACCUGCAUCACAUCAUGACCACAAACGUGCAGAUGUCCAUCAUCCGCAGCAGUGCUCCUGGGCCCCCUCUUCACAUCGGAGCGUCCCAUUUACCUCGAGGUGCAGCUGCGGCUGCUGUCAUGUCUAGCUCUAAAGUGACCACAGUGCUGAGGCCAACGUCCCAGUUGCCCAAUGCCGCAGCAGCGCAGCCAGCAGUCCAGCACAUCAUCCACCAGCCGAUCCAGUCUCGUCCACCGGUGACCACCUCUAAUACCAUCCCUCCUGCUGUAGUAGCCACUGUGUCAGCCACCAGAGCUCAGUCUCCAGUCAUCACUACAACAGCAGCACAUGCUACUGAUUCAGCACUUAGCCGGCCGACUCUGUCUAUCCAGCAUCCCCCGUCCGCCGCAAUCAGUAUUCAGCGUCCUGCCCAGUCACGGGACGUGACCACGAGAAUCACACUGCCAUCGCACCCUGCGCUGGGCACGCCCAAGCAGCAGCUCCACACCAUGGCUCAGAAAACCAUCUUCAGCACUGGCACGCCGGUGGCCGCAGCGACCGUCGCACCUAUUUUGGCAACCAACACCAUUUCAUCAGUGACCACAGCCGGAUCUGUGUCACACACACAAGCGCCCACGAGUACAAUUGUCACCAUGACAAUGCCCUCACAUUCAUCCCAUGCCACUGCUGUGACCACCUCGAACAUCCCCGUGGCUAAGGUGGUGCCACAGCAGAUCACACACACCUCUCCUAGGAUCCAGCCGGACUACCCCACAGAGAGGAGCAGCCUGAUUCCCAUUUCAGGACAUCGGGCCUCUCCAAACCCUGUGGCCAUGGAAACGCGGAGUGACAACAGACCGUCUGUUCCUGUUCAGUUCCAAUACUUUUUGCCAACAUAUCCGCCUUCUGCAUACCCACUGACGGCACACACAUACACCCCAAUCACCAGCUCGGUGUCCACCAUCCGACAGUAUCCAGUUUCAGCUCAAGCUCCAAACUCUGCCAUAACAGCUCAGACUGGUGUUGGGGUGGCAUCUACAGUUCACCUAAACCCCAUGCAGUUAAUGACAGUGGAUGCAUCUCAUGCUCGACAUAUUCAAGGGAUCCAGCCUGCGCCUAUCAGUACGCAGGGGAUACAGCCAGCCCCCAUUGGGACCCCAGGAAUACAGCCAGCACCCGUUGGCACACAGGGGAUCCACCCCGCAGCCCCCAUCAGCACACAAGGCCUUCAGCCUGCAUCGGUGGGCCCUCAGCAGCCUCCGCCCGAAAGCAAAACUUCAGUGGUGCUGGCCGAUGGAGCCACAAUUGUAGCCAACCCGAUCAGCAGCCCCUUCAGCGCUGCCCCAGCAGCCACGACGGUAGUGCAGACCCACAGCCAGAGCGCGAGCACAAGUGCGCCAGCCCAGGGCUCCUCCCCCCGGCCCAGCAUACUUCGGAAAAAACCUGCCACAGAUGGGAUUGCAGUUCGGAAAACCCUCAUUCCUCCUCAGCCUCCUGAAGUGUCCAGUCCCCGCGUGGAGGGCUCUAUGCGAAGUACGUCUGGGUCACCCAGGCCUGCGGGUGCCAAGCCUAAGUCAGAAAUCCACGUAUCAAUGGCCACUCCAGUCACUGUGUCCAUGGAAACUGUGUCCAAUCAAAAUAAUGAUCAGCCCACCAUCGCAGUCCCUCCCACCGCUCAGCAGCCCCCCCCGGCCAUCCCCACCAUGAUUGCAGCCGCCAGUCCCCCGUCACAGCCAGCAGUCGCCCUCUCUACCCUUCCGGGAGCUGUCCCCAUCACUCCGCCUGUCACCACCAUGGCAGCUGCCCCUCUGCCCCCAGCGGCUGUGGGUGGCAGCUCCUCCUCUGCUUUGGGCCCUCCUGUGCCUGAGAUAAAAGUCAAAGAAGAGGCGGAGCCAAUGGACAUCAUGAGACCGGUUUCUGCAGUCCCUCCACUGGCUGCCAGCGCUCUGUCACCAUCUCUCGCAUUGCUGGCUAACAACUUAUCCGUGCCCACAAGCGACCUGCCGCCCGGCGCCUCCCCAAGGAAGAAGCCUCGAAAGCAGCAGCAUGUGAUCUCUACAGAAGAGGGAGACAUGAUGGAGACCAACAGCACCGACGAUGAGCGGUCCACCGCCAAGGGCCUUUCAGUGAAAGCGGAGAAGCGCAAGUCUCCUCCCAAGGAGUAUAUUGACGAAGAAGGUGUGAGGUACGUCCCGGUGCGCCCUAGGCCUCCCAUCACUCUGCUCCGCCACUACCGGAACCCCUGGAAAGCUGCCUACCACCACUUCCAGCGCUACAGCGACGUCCGGGUCAAAGAGGAGAAGAAAGCUAUGCUGCAGGAAAUAGCAAAUCAGAAAGGAGUGUCCUGCCGGGCCCAGGGCUGGAAAGUCCACCUCUGUGCUGCCCAGUUGCUGCAGCUGACCAAUCUAGAACACGAUGUUUACGAGAGACUCACCAACCUACAGGAAGGGAUCAUCCCAAAGAAAAAAGCAGCCACCGAUGAUGACCUGCACCGAAUAAAUGAGCUGAUACAGGGGAACAUGCAGAGGUGCAAGCUGGUGAUGGACCAGAUCAGCGAGGCCAGAGACUCCAUGCUGAAGGUUCUGGACCAUAAAGAGCGAGUCCUGAAGCUUCUGAACAAGAAUGGGACUGUCAAGAAAGUGUCAAAAUUGAAGCGAAAGGAGAAAGUCUAGAUCCAGAAGCAUCUGGACUGUGGAAACAAUUUAAGAAGAAUGAUGGUGGGGGUGGAGGGAGGGUUUUGGUUAUUUUCAAAGUGAACAUUGCAAUAAAGGAAGCGUUCCUUACUUCACAUGCGAGAGCAGAGGGGCCCGUGGCACCCGUGUCCCAGCAGGGUCAGAGUGGAUCUGACACCGUGGAUCCCACUCUUCCUUAGGCACAUCCCUCUUCAACUGUUCUGGAGGACUCUUGGGCCUGCCAGUUGGCAUCAGUGACAGACGAUGGCUGGCAUUUCCCAGCUUUCCGGUUUAUAGAUUGUUUAUCUGGUGGAUUCCUGUAGGACCUACACUGAGCCUGGACUGAACGUCACCCUCCCCUCGCCCCGUCUGUACGUAACGUGGCCUUCAGCAGGCCCUGGCACCCCGAGGACCGGCACACUCUAAGGGAUUUGAACUGUCAAUGAUCGUCAUUGUAAGAACCAUUUCAAAGUGAACUCGUACUGUCUGUUCUGCGUGUGUCAGAGUUGGGUUUCUGUGGAGGUUCAGAGCAGGCAGCACCGCAAGUUGCGAGGUCCUUGUUCCGAAGUACGUUCUUGGUUAUCUGUACUUCUGUAGCUGGUGUGAUGCUGUUAAUUGUACGUACCGCACAUCUCCAAAUGUUAAUAAAGGACUCA